CUCAUCAAACAAAACCGGGCCGUCGGUGACAACACUACCACCACCUCUGAGCGCGCGGACAAUCAAUGUCGGCCUCCGAACAUUGUCCCGUUCCAGCGACAAAAUACCGUAGUAUGUCACGUUGGUACAGCAUGUGCAUGAAAUCCCACAGUUUAUUAUAGUCCUCUUUAUCAACGAUCUACUACCUGUAAACAAGACAAUCAUGGCACCGCUCACGAUCUUUGUUGGUUCAUACACCGACUCCAUCUACACGUUGUCCUUUGAUCCAGUACCGUCGACAGGAUCUCCGACUCUUAAUCUUCUGGCUCGAACAGUCGUCGGCCACCAUCCGUCAUGGAUCACAUUUCAUCCGUCCGAUAAAUCCCUCAUAUAUACAGGGCUCGAACAGGCAGAUGGGGAGGUUGCCGCGAUCAAGUAUGGCAGGGAUGGAACUGUCGAAGGAGAAGUGGUGGCCAGGGCCAAGAGUGGUGGUGCAGACCCUUGCCACCUUCUUGUCGCAGAGGACGAGCUUAUCAUCGGAAAUUACUCCUCGGGCACAAUCGCGACCCUUCCGAUAUCAACAUCUGCCCCUUACAUACUCUCACCACACCCAUGGACGCUUUCGAUGCCGUUUGAGCAUGUAGGUCGGAACAAAGCUCGUCAAUCUUCAUCCCACCCCCAUCAAGUCAUCCUCAAUCCACUGAGCCAAACGGAGAAAGAGCUCCUUGUCCCGGAUUUAGGUACAGACAAGGUCUGGAGACUCACCAAACGAAACGAUGGCAAGUGGUCCAUUCGCGGUCACAUUGACUUUGAAGCAGGGGGUGGCCCACGACAUGUCGCAGCUCGAGGAAAUACCCUUUACACGCUACUGGAGCUCACCUUGAAGCUUGCUGUGCAUAAUUUCCCUCCGCUUCCGGCGCCCCCUACUCCUCUUACAUCUCUGUUCGCACUUUCUGCAUUACCAGUACCGGAUACCAUGUCGGCAGCGGAAAUUCUGCUACCCGAACCCAACGCAUCCUUCCCUGAAACAUUCAUCUACACAUCGAACAGAAACGACCCUCAUCCAGAGGGUGACACUAUUACAAUAUUCUCUCUCGCCGCCGGAGAGGGUCAGCCAGAGCUUGUGAACGAAGUGCGUACGGGGCUAGUUCAUGUCCGGGGAAUGGCAUUUGGAGGUGACGAAGAUAAGUAUCUGAUUGUAGGUGGUGUGGAAGGUGGCGGGGUGAAGGUAUUUGAGAGGAUUGAUGGUGGCAAGGGACUCCAAGAAAUCGCGAAGCUCGGUGAAGACGUUAUAGGACGUCCCACCGGUUUCUUGUGGUACUGAGAAGUCAGGAUGUGAACCGGUGGACAUUCGUCUGCUCGCCAGCUGGAGUGUAGCAUUUAUGGGUGUCUGUCACAUCAGGUCGAGGAUACCAGUUGUAUAGUAUGAUUGCUUGUAGCUUAUAUGUAGGUGCGGAUGAAGAGGAGGAUUGAGUAAGACAUUUAUACUAUACUAUCUUGUGUAUCAGGUACUUACCAAACAAGUUACAAGACCUUGUAAUUUGCCUUCGUGCUGAUCUGUCCAAUGAGUUUCCACACACGCGGGUGCUCAAGCGCUCAUUCCCGGUCCAUGAAAUAUCAGGUAGAGACUGCCAGUGUGUUUUCUUUGAUCAGGCCAUGCGGACUCGUGAUGUGCACGGCCCGGCUUGGAAUUCUGGAAAGCCAAAGCCGGCGGCCUGAGCCGCAGCUCGGUAGGUUUGCAGAGGCAAUGAAACCGUUCCAAACCCUAGGCCUGACCCCCAGUGAAAACCUACGGGUGGCGU